CGGUGGUGGUGAUGGGGCGUCGAUCUUCUAAGCUGCGAUAGCAGCCGUGGAUCCUGAUACAGAUUCCCGGAGAGGACAGUAGAGUGAAAGAUGGCUGAAAAGGAGGACAAUGUUGAUAUAAUGCUCCCAAACUGGUCUGGGACAGCUGCUCAUGGCUUCUCCAUAAGUGGCACUGAAGAUGGCAUCUUCAUUAAAGAUGUGGAAAAGAACUCACCAGCGGGAAAGAGCGGUAUCGUGAAGGAAGGAGACCAAAUCGUCAGUGCCACCAUCUACUUUGACAAUAUGAGGUAUGAAGAUGCCCAGAAAUUACUGCAGUCGGUGGAUCAACACACAGUGGGUCUGAAGCUUCAUCGGAAAGGAGAAAGGCUUUCACCGGGCGGGAGAUACACUUGGGCACCAGAAUUCCACGGGGCCUCGAGCCCAGAGCUUGUGCUGAGUGGAGAUGAUGAAGACUAUCAAAGGAUUUACAGAAAGAAAAUCAAACCUCGUCUGAAAUCAGAAGAUGAUCUGGAGGCAGGAGAUCAAGGUGAUGCACAAUAUGGCAUACAAACAACCAGGAAGGUGAUCACACACACAGGUGAUAUUUCUGGCCACACAGUUCUAACAGGCGUAGACAGCCGAGAUCCAGAGUUCCACAUAAAGGUUCCAAGAUACGAACACACAACUGUUAUAAGGUCAGGACCAAAGCUGGAAAGCUCAGAGAUGGAUGUAGAUGUUAAUUUCCAAGGUACGGAAGGAAGUCUUACUGGUCCAAACAUUCAAAUGGGUGAGGGUGCCUGGGCAACUCGUACAACACAAGUGAUAAAGACCAAAGUUGUAGAUAUCGCUGCACCAACAAUGGAUGUUCAUGUUCAGGGCCCAAACGUUUCUACUUCAGAGAUCAGAAGUGAGUUUAAAAGCUCCAAAAUGCAAGUGAUUGACAUGGAGGGUCCAGAGGGAAAUGUGAAGAUAUCUGAAUUCCAUGCAUCCAAAAUAUCUGUACCAGGCUUGGAUACAGAUCUGAAGGGGAUUGAUGCUUCUUAUACUCCAAAGAGAGUAGAUCUCAAAACACCAAAGAUUGAUCUUAAAAGUUCCAAGUUUGGAAUUUCUGGACCUACGAUUGAAGGGCGAGAAAAGGAAGUUAAUAUUUUAAAGGAUUUUGUUGAUGUUGACCCAAAUGCACCAAGGAUAGACCUCUCGGCCCCCAAGAUUAAAGCUGACCUUAAGCCAUUUGGAAUAAGGGCAAAUAUUGACACCCCUCAGCUUGAUACUGAUGCGAGGGUUAAGGAACACAAAAUAACAAUCCCUUCAAGUGACAUUUCAUCAAACAAAUUCUCCACGCCUGAUUUUGAUAUUUCUUUGGGUGGAUCAAAACUGAAAGGAGACGUGGAUGCCAACAUACCUGGUUUAGAAAAAGGAGUCAUAACAGGUCCCAGAAUUGAUAUCAAUAUGCCAGGUGGUCUAGACGGAAAAAUAACAUCUAAGAUUCCAAACGUCAAAGAACUUGACUUGGAUCCCAAACUUCCAAAGGGAAGUGUUACAUUUUCAACAUUGAAUACUUCAAGUGAAGUGAAGAUCCCUGGAAUAGAUGGCAAGCUUGAAGGACCAGAAGUAAAAAUAGGAACAGCAGAUACAAAACUACCUUCCUUUGGGAUCUCAAAACCCAAAGUAUCCGCAACAGGAUUUGGAGUGCAACCAAACUUCCAAGGUGACAUCUCAGGAACUGGUGCCCCAAAAGCAAAUGUUCAUAUUUCUGCCCCAAAAGCAGACGUAGAUAUCAAAGGGCCAAAAGUAUUUGUGGACUCACACAGACUUGAUAUUGACGGUUCUGGAAAAGCACAGAUCCCCACGUUUAAGCCUCCCAAAUUUGGAAUUCAUGGAAGCAAAGAAGGAGGAGCAGAUGUGGACAUGGAUGUCAACUUAUCGGACGCAAAGGUUAAUAUAUCGGGACCAAAGAUAAAAGGUGGCACUCAAGGAUCAGGUGUGGAUGUGGAUUUCGAAGGACCACAUGGUAAAGGCAAAGGCAUCAAAUUUCCAGCUAAAGGAUUCAAUGUAAAUUUGCCUCACAUCAAAGCACCUAAUAUUGAAUUCUCCAGUAAAGGGCAAAAACUGGAUGGUGACAUUGAUGUCUCAUUACCUGAAAUGGAGGGUGGGAUUAAAGGAGAUCUUAAGGGUCCCAAACUGGAUAUAGGGGCACCUGAUGUUAGCAUUGAGGGUCCUGAUGCCUCAGGAAAAGUGAAAGGGAAGGGGUUUAAAAUGUCAUCCUUUGGAUUUCAGGCACCCAGUAUAAAUGUUCCAGACAUCAAUCUGAAAGGUCCAAAUAUGAGAGGUGGCGUGGACAUAUCUGGUCCAGAGGGAGAUAUAGACAUCAAAGCGCCAAAAGUAGAAAUUGACUCCCCCGAAUGUGACAUUGAUAGUUCAGGAAAAUCAUGGCAACCCAAAUUUAAACUACCCAAGUUUGGGUUUCAGGUUCCCAAAGGACAAGGGCCAGAUGUGGACAUGGAUGUCAAUGUCCCAGAUGCAAAUCUUGACAUAUCUGGACCAAAGAUAAAAGGUGGCUUUGAAGGGCCAGAUGUGAAUGUGGAUUUGGAAGGACGACAUGGUAAAGAAUUCAAUGUCAACUUGCCUCACAUCAAAGCUCCUACAAUUGAACUCUCCAGUAAAGGGCAACAAUUUCAGGGUGGCGUUGAUGUGUCAUUACCUAAAAUGGAGGGUGGGAUUAAAGGAGAUCUUAAAGGUCCCAAACUAGAUAUAGGGGCACCUAAUGUUAGCAUUGAGGGUCCCGAUGCCUCAGGAAAAGUGAUGGGGAAGGGGCUUAAAAUGCCAUCAUUUGGAUAUCAGGCACCCAGUAUAAAUGUUCCAGACGUCAAUCUGAAAGGUCCACAUAUGAAAGGAGGAGUUGACAUAUCUGGUCCAAAGGGAGAUGUAGGCAUCAAAGGGCCAAAAGUAGAUGUUGACACACCAGAGCUUGACAUUGAUGGUUCAGGAAAAUCAUGGCAACCCAAAUUUAAACUACCCAGCUUUGGGUUUCCUAAAGGCAAGGGCCAUGGGGCAGAUGUAGACAUGGAUGUCAAUGUCCCAGAUGCAAAUCUUGACAUAUCUGGACCAAAGAUAAAAGGUGGCUUUGAAGGGCCAAACGUGAAUGUAGAUUUAGAAGGACCACAUGGUAAAGGAUUCAAUGUCAACUUGCCUCACAUCAAAGCUCCUACAAUUGAACUCUCCAGUAAAGGGCAACAAUUUCACGGUGGCGUUGAUGUAUCAUUACCUAAAAUGGAGGGUGGGAUUAAAGGAGAUCUUAAGGGUCCCAAACUGGAUAUAGAGGCACCUGAUGUUAGAAUUGAGGGUCCCGAUGCAUCAGGAAAAGUGAAAGGGAAGGGGUUUAAAAUGCCAUCCUUUGGAUUACAGGCCAGUAUAAAUGUUCCAGACGUCAAUCUGAAAGGUCCAAAUAUGAAAGGAGGAGUUGACAUAUCUGGUCCAGGGGGAAAUGUAGACAUCAAGGGGCCAAAAGUAGACAUUGACUACCCCGAACUUGACAUUAAUGGUUCAGGAAAAUCAUGGAAACCCAAAUUUAAACUACCCAGCUUUGGGUUUCAAGGACCUAAAGUAGAGGGGCCAGAUGUGGACAUGGAUGUUAACCUCCCAGAUACAAAUCUUGACAUAUCUGGAUCAAAGAUGAAGGGAGGCAUUGAAGGGCCUGACAUAGAUGUGGAUCUGGAAGGACCACACGGUAAAGGCAAAGGCAUCAAAUUUCCAGGCAAAGGAUUCAAUAUCAAUUUGCCUCACAUCAAAGCACCUAAUAUUGAAUUCUCCAGGAAAGGCCCAAAACUGGAUGGUGACGUUGAUGUGUCGUUACCUGAAAUGGAGGGUGGGAUUGCAGGAGAUCUGAAGGGAGCCAAAUUGGAUAUAGAGGGACCUGAUGUUAACAUUGAGGGACCUGAUGCCUCAGGAAAAGUGAAAGGGAAGGGGCUUAAAAUGCCUUCACUAGGAUUUCAAAUGCCAAAUAUAAAUGAUCCAGGCUUUGACCUCAAUCUGAAAGGUCCGAACAUGAAAGGAGGAGUUGACGUAUCUGGUCCAGGGGGAGAUAUUGACAUCAAAGGGCCUAAAGUAGACAUUGACGCCCCAGAACUUGACGUUGAUGGUUCAGGAAAAUCAUGGAAACCCAAAUUUAAACUACCCAGCUUUGGGUUUCAAGGACCUAAAGUAGAGGGGCCAGAUGUGGACAUGGAUGUCAACCUCCCAGAUACAAAUCUUGACAUAUCUGGACCAAAGAUAAAGGGUGGCAUUGAAGGGCCUGAUGUAGAUAUGGAUUUGGAAGGACCACAUGGUAAAGGCAAAGGAUUCAACAUCAAUUUGCCUCACUUCAAAACACCUAAAAUUGAUUUCUCUAGGAAAGGCCCAAAACUGGAAGGUGACAUUGAUGUGUCGUUACCUGAAAUGGAGGGUGGGAUUAAAGGAGAUCUUAAGGGUCCAAAAUUGGAUAUAGACACACCAGAUGUUAGCAUUGAGGGUCCUGAUGCAUCAGGAAAAGUGAAAGGGAAGGGGCUCAAAAUGCCUUCUCUAGGUCUACACAUGCCUGAUAUAAGUGUUCCAGACUUUGACCUCAAUCUGAAAGGUUCAAAUAUGAAAGGGGGAGUUGACGUAUCUGGUCCAAAGGGAGAUGUAGAUAUCAAAGGGCCAAAAGUAGACGUUGACUCACCUGAUCUUGACGUUGAUGUUUCAGGAAAAUCUUGGAAACCUAAAUUUAAACUACCCAGCUUUGGGUUUCCUAAAGGCAAGGGCCAUGCGGCAGAUGUAGACAUGGAUGUCAACCUUCCAGAUGUAGAUGUAACUGGACCAAAAAUUGAAGGUGGUAUUGGAGGGCCUGAUGUAGAUGUAGAUUUGGAAGGACCACAUGCCAAAGGCAAAGGCAAAGGAUUCAAUAUCAAUUUGCCUCACUUCAAAGCACCUAAAAUUGAAUUCUCCAGUAAAGGGCAAAAACUGGAUGGUGACAUUGAUGUCUCAUUACCCAAAAUGGAGGGUGGGAUUAAAGGCGAUCUUCAGGGUCCCAAAUUGGAUAUAGAGGGACCUGAUGUGAGCAUUGAGGGGCCUGAUGCCUCAGGAAAAGUGAAAGGGAAGGGGUUUAAAAUGCCAUCUUUUGGAUUUCAAGCACCCAGUAUAAAUGUACCAGACCUCGAUCUGAAAGGUCCACAUAUGAAAGGAGGAGUUCACAUAUCUGGUCCAGGGGGAGAUGUAGACAUCAAAGGGCCAAAAGUAGAUGUUGACACACCAGAGAUGGACAUUGAAGGUUCAGGAAAAUCUUGGAAACCCAAAUUUAAACUACCCAGCUUUGGGUUUCCUAAAGGCAAGGGCCAUGGGGCAGAUGUAGACAUGGAUGUCAACCUUCCAGAUGUAGAUGUAACUGGACCAAAAAUAGAAGGUGGUAUUGAAGGGCCUGAUAUAGAUGUAGAUUUAGAAGGACCAAAUGCUAAAGGCAAAGGCAAAAGAUUCAAUGUCAAUUUGCCCCAUUUCAAAGCACCUAACAUUGAAUUCUCCACGAAAGGGCCAAAACUGGAUGCUGACAUUGAUGCAUCGCUUCCUACAAUGGAAGGUGGGAUUAAAGGAGAUCUCAAGGGUCCCAAAUUGGAUCUGGAGGGACCUGAUGUUAACAUUGAGGGCCCUGAUGCAUCAGGAAAAGUAAAAGGGAAGGGUCUUAAGAUGCCUUCUCUAGGUCUACACAUGCCUGAUAUAAGUGUUCCAGACUUUGACCUCAAACUGAAAGGUCCAAAUAUGAAAGGUGGAGUUGAUGUAUCUGGUCCAGGGGCAGAUGUAGACAUAAAAGGGCCAAAGGUAGAUAUUGAUUCACCUGAUCUUGACAUUGAUGGUUCAGGAAAAUCAUGGAAACCCAAAUUUAAACUACCCAGCUUUGGGUUUCAAGGACCUAAAGUAGAGGGGCCAGAUGUGGACAUGGAUGUCAACCUCCCAGAUGCAAAUCGUGACAUAUCUGGACCAAAGAUAAAGGGAGGCAUUGAAGGGCCUGAUGUAGAUAUGGAUUUGGAAGGACCACAUGGUAAAGGCAAAGGCAUCAAAUUUCCAGGUAAAGGAUUCAACAUCAAUUUGCCUCACAUCAAAGCACCUAAUAUUGAAUUCUCCAGGAAAGGCCCAAAACUGGAUGGUGACGUUGAUGUGUCGUUACCUGAAAUGGAGGGUGGGAUUGCAGGAGAUCUCAAGGGUGCCAAAUUGGAUAUAGAGGGACCUGAUGUUAACAUUGAGGGACCCGAUGCCUCAGGAAAAGUGAAAGGGAAGGGGCUUAAAAUGCCUUCACUAGGAUUUCAAAUGCCAAACAUAAAUGUUCCAGGCUUUGACCUCAAUCUGAAAGGUCCAAACAUGAAAGGAGGAGUUGACGUAUCUGGUCCAGGGGGAGAUAUUGACAUCAAAGGGCCAAAAGUAGACAUUGACGCCCCAGAACUUGACGUUGAUGGUUCAGGAAGAUCAUGGAAACCCAAAUUUAAACUACCCAGCUUUGGGUUUCAAGGACCUAAAGUAGAGGGGCCAGAUGUGGACAUGGAUGUUAACCUCCCAGAUACAAAUCUUGACAUAUCUGGACCAAAGAUAAAGGGUGGCAUUGAAGGACCUGAUGUAGAUAUGGAUUUGGAAGGACCACACGGUAAAGGCAAAGGAUUCAACAUCAAUUUGCCUCACUUCAAAACACCUAAAAUUGAAUUCUCCAGUAAAGGGCAAAAACUGGAUGGUGGCAUUGAUGUCUCAUUACCCAAAAUGGAGGGUGGGAUUAAAGGAGAUCUCAAGGGUCCCAAAUUGGAUCUAGAGGGACCUGAUGUUAACAUUGAGGGCCCUGAUGCAUCAGGAAAAGUAAAAGGGAAGGGUCUUAAAAUGCCUUCUCUAGGUCUACACAUGCCUGAUAUAAGUGUUCCAGACAUUGACCUCAAACUGAAAGGUCCAAAUAUGAAAGGUAGAGUUGAUGUAUCUGGUCCAGGGGCAGAUGUAGACAUAAAAGGGCCAAAGGUAGAUAUUGAUUCACCUGAUCUUGACGUUGAUGGUUCCGGAAAAUCAUGGAAACCCAAAUUUAAACUACCCAGCUUUGGGUUUGAAGGUCCCAAAGUAGAAGGACCAGAUAUGGACAUGAAUGUGAAUCUCCCAAAUGUUGACAUAUCAGGACCAAAGAUAAAAGGUGGCAUUGAAGGGCCAGAUAUAGAUAUGGAUUUGGAAGGACCACAUGGUAAAGGCAAAGGCAUCAACUUUCCAGGCAAAGGAUUCAACAUCAAUUUGCCUCACAUCAAAGCACCUAAUAUUGAAUUCUCCAGGAAAGGCCCAAAACUGGAUGGUGACGUUGAUGUGUCGUUACCUGAAAUGGAGGGUGGGAUUGCAGGAGAUCUGAAGGGAGCCAAAUUGGACAUAGAGGGACCUGAUGUUAACAUUGACGGACCCGAUGUCUCAGGAAAAGUGAAAGGGAAGGGGCUUAAAAUGCCUUCACUAGGAUUUCAAAUGCCAAAUAUAAAUGUUCCAGGCUUUGACCUCAAUCUGAAAGGUCCAAACAUGAAAGGAGGAGUUGACGUAUCUGGUCCAGGGGGAGAUAUUGACAUCAAAGGGCCCACAGUAGACAUUGACGCCCCAGAACUUGACGUUGAUGGUUCAGGAAAAUCAUGGAAACCCAAAUUUAAACUACCCAGCUUUGGGUUUCAAGGACCUAAAGUAGAGGGGCCAGAUGUGGACAUGGAUGUUAACCUCCCAGAUACAAAUCUUGACAUAUCUGGACCAAAGAUAAAGGGUGGCAUUGAAGGGCCUGAUAUAGAUAUGGAUUUGGAAGGACCACAUGGUAAAGGCAAAGGAUUCAACAUCAAUUUGCCUCACUUCAAAACACCUAAAAUUGAUUUCUCUAGGAAAGGCCCAAAACUGGAUGGUGAUGUUGAUGUGUCGUUACCUGAAAUGGAGGGUGGGAUUGCAGGAGAUCUGAAGGGUGCCAAAUUGGAUAUAGAGGGACCUGAUGUUAACAUUGAGGGACCCGAUGUCUCAGGAAAAGUGAAAGGGAAGGGGCUUAAAAUGCCUUCACUAGGAUUUCAAAUGCCAAAUAUAAAUGUUCCAGGCUUUGACCUCAAUCUGAAAGGUCCAAACAUGAAAGGAGGAGUUGACGUAUCUGGUCCAGGGGGAGAUAUUGACAUCAAAGGGCCUAAAGUAGACAUUGACGCCCCAGAACUUGACGUUGAUGGUUCAGGAAAAUCAUGGAAACCCAAAUUUAAACUACCCAGCUUUGGGUUUCAAGGACCUAAAGUAGAGGGGCCAGAUGUGGACAUGGAUGUCAACCUCCCAGAUACAAAUCUUGACAUAUCUGGACCAAAGAUAAAGGGUGGCAUUGAAGGGCCUGAUGUAGAUAUGGAUUUGGAAGGACCACAUGGUAAAGGCAAAGGAUUCAACAUCAAUUUGCCUCACUUCAAAACACCUAAAAUUGAUUUCUCUAGGAAAGGCCCAAAACUGGAAGGUGACAUUGAUGUGUCGUUACCUGAAAUGGAGGGUGGGAUUAAAGGAGAUCUUAAGGGUCCAAAAUUGGAUAUAGACACACCAGAUGUUAGCAUUGAGGGUCCUGAUGCAUCAGGAAAAGUGAAAGGGAAGGGGCUCAAAAUGCCUUCUCUAGGUCUACACAUGCCUGAUAUAAGUGUUCCAGACUUUGACCUCAAUCUGAAAGGUUCAAAUAUGAAAGGGGGAGUUGACGUAUCUGGUCCAAAGGGAGAUGUAGAUAUCAAAGGGCCAAAAGUAGACGUUGACUCACCUGAUCUUGACGUUGAUGUUUCAGGAAAAUCUUGGAAACCUAAAUUUAAACUACCCAGCUUUGGAUUUCAUAGGGGCAAAGGCCAUGGGGCAGACGUAGACAUGGAUGUCAACCUUCCAGAUGUAGAUGUAACUGGACCAAAAAUUCAAGGUAGUAUUGGAGGGCCUGAUGUAGAUGUAGAUUUGGAAGGACCACAUGCCAAAGGCAAAGGCAAAGGAUUCAAUAUCAAUUUGCCUCACUUCAAAGCACCUAAAAUUGAAUUCUCCAGUAAAGGACAAAAACUGGAUGGUGAUGUUGAUGUGUCGUUACCCGAGAUGGGGGGUGGGAUAAAAGGAGAUCUUAAAGGCCCCAAACUAGAUAUAGAGGCACCUGAUGUUAGCAUUGAGGGUCCUGAUGCCUCAGGAAAAGCGAAAGGGAAGGGGCUUAAAAUGCCAUCCUUUGGAUUGCAUGCACCCAGUAUAAAUGUUCCAGAUUUAGACUUCGAUCUGAAAGGUCCAAACAUGAAAGGUGGUGCUGACAUAUGUGUUCCAAGGGGAGAUGUAGACAUCAAAGGGCCAAAAGUUGACGUUGAUUCACCAGAACUAAACGCUAAUAUUUCUGGAAAAUCUUGGAAGCCCAAACUGAAAUUUCCCAGUUUUGGCUUUCAUAAAGCCAAGGGAACAGGGGUAGAUGCGGACAUGGAUGUCAACCUUCCAGAUGUUAAUGUAUCAGGUCCAAAGAUAAAAGGUGGCAUUGAAGGGCCGGAUGUGGAUGUAGAUUUGGAAGGAACACAUGCUAAAGGCAAAGGCAAAAGAUUCAAUAUCAAUUUGCCCCAUUUCAAAGCACCUAACAUUGAAUUCUCUACGAAAGGGCCAAAAGCUGACAUUGAUGCAUCACUGCCGACAAUAGAGGGUGGGAUUAAAGGAGGUCUUAAGAGUCCCAAACUAGAUAUAGAGGCACCUGAUGUUAGCAUUGAGGGUCCUGAUGCAUCAGGAAAAGUAAAAGGGAAAGGUCUUAAAAUGCCUUCUCUAGGUCUACACAUGCCUGAUAUAAGUGUUCCAGACUUUGACCUCAAUCUGAAAGGUCCAAAUAUGAAAGGAGGAGUUGACGUAUCUGGUCCAGGGGGAGAUAUUGACAUCAAAGGGCCAAAAGUAGACAUUGACGCCCCAGAACUUGACGUUGAUGGUUCAGGAAAAUCAUGGAAACCCAAAUUUAAACUACCCAGCUUUGGGUUUCAAGGACCUAAAGUAGAGGGGCCAGAUUUGGACAUGGAUGUCAACCUCCCAGAUGUUGACAUAUCUGGACCAAAGAUAAAGGGUGGCAUUGAAGGACCUGAUGUAGAUAUGGAUUUGGAAGGACCACACGGUAAAGGCAGAGGAUUCAACAUCAAUUUGCCUCACUUCAAAACACCUAAAAUUGAAUUCUCCAGUAAAGGGCAAAAACUGGAUGGUGACAUUGAUGUCUCAUUACCCAAAAUGGAGGGUGGGAUUAAAGGAGAUCUCAAGGGUCCCAAAUUGGAUCUAGAGGGACCAGAUGUUAACAUUGAGGGCCCUGAUGCAUCAGGAAAAGUAAAAGGGAAGGGUCUUAAAAUGCCUUCUCUAGGUCUACACAUGCCUGAUAUAAGUGUUCCAGACUUUGACCUCAAACUGAAAGGUCCAAAUAUGAAAGGUGGAGUUGAUGUAUCUGGUCCAGGGGCAGAUGUAGACAUAAAAGGGCCAAAGGUAGAUAUUGAUUCACCUGAUCUUGACGUUGAUGGUUCAGGAAAAUCAUGGAAACCCAAAUUUAAACUACCCAGCUUUGGGUUUCAAGGACCUAAAGUAGAGGGGCCAGAUGUGGACAUGGAUGUCAACCUCCCAGAUGCAAAUCUUGACAUAUCUGGACCAAAGAUAAAGGGAGGCAUUGAAGGGCCUGAUGUAGAUAUGGAUUUGGAAGGACCACAUGGUAAAGGCAAAGGCAUCAAAUUUCCAGGCAAAGGAUUCAACAUCAAUUUGCCUCACAUCAAAGCACCUAAUAUUGAAUUUUCCAGGAAAGGCCCAAAACUGGAUGGUGAUGUUGAUGUGUCGUUACCUGAAAUGGAGGGUGGGAUUGCAGGAGAUCUGAAGGGAGCCAAAUUGGAUAUAGAGGGACCUGAUGUUAACAUUGAGGGACCCGAUGCCUCAGGAAAAGUGAAAGGGAAGGGGCUUAAAAUGCCUUCACUAGGAUUUCAAAUGCCAAAUAUAAAUGUUCCAGGCUUUGACCUCAAUCUGAAAGGUCCAAACAUGAAAGGAGGAGUUGACGUAUCUGGUCCAGGGGGAGAUAUUGACAUCAAAGGGCCUAAAGUAGACAUUGACUCCCCAGAACUUGACGUUGAUGGUUCAGGAAGAUCAUGGAAACCCAAAUUUAAACUACCCAGCUUUGGGUUUCAAGGACCUAAAGUAGAGGGGCCAGAUGUGGACAUGGAUGUUAACCUCCCAGAUACAAAUCUUGACAUAUCUGGACCAAAGAUAAAGGGUGGCAUUGAAGGGCCUGAUGUAGAUAUGGAUUUGGAAGGACCACAUGGUAAAGGCAAAGGAUUCAACAUCAAUUUGCCUCACUUCAAAACACCUAAAAUUGAAUUCUCCAGUAAAGGGCAAAAACUGGAUGGUGACAUUGAUGUCUCAUUACCCAAAAUGGAAGGUGGGAUUAAAGGAGAUCUCAAGGGUCCCAAAUUGGAUCUAGAGGGACCUGAUGUUAACAUUGAGGGCCCUGAUGCAUCAGGAAAAGUAAAAGGGAAGGGUCUUAAAAUGCCUUCUCUAGGUCUACACAUGCCUGAUAUAAGUGUUCCAGACUUUGACCUCAAACUGAAAGGUCCAAAUAUGAAAGGUGGAGUUGAUGUAUCUGGUCCAGGGGCAGAUGUAGACAUAAAAGGGCCAAAGGUAGAUAUUGAUUCACCUGAUCUUGAUGUUGAUGGUUCAGGAAAGUCUUGGAAACCCAAAUUUAAACUACCCAGCUUUGGGUUUCAAGGACCUAAGGUAGAGGGGCCAGAUGUGGACAUGGAUGUCAACCUCCCAGAUGCAAAUCUUGACAUAUCUGGACCAAAGAUAAAGGGAGGCAUUGAAGGGCCUGAUGUAGAUAUGGAUUUGGAAGGACCACAUGGUAAAGGCAAAGGCAUCAAAUUUCCAGGCAAAGGAUUCAACAUCAAUUUGCCUCACAUCAAAGCACCUAAUAUUGAAUUCUCCAGGAAAGGCCCAAAACUGGAUGGUGACGUUGAUGUGUCGUUACCUGAAAUGGAGGGUGGGAUUGCAGGAGAUCUCAAGGGUGCCAAAUUGGAUAUAGAGGGACCUGAUGUUAACAUUGAGGGACCCGAUGCCUCAGGAAAAGUGAAAGGGAAGGGGCUUAAAAUGCCUUCACUAGGAUUUCAAAUGCCAAAUAUAAAUGUUCCAGGCUUUGACCUCAAUCUGAAAGGUCCAAACAUGAAAGGAGGAGUUGACGUAUCUGGUCCAGGGGGAGAUAUUGACAUCAAAGGGCCUAAAGUAGACAUUGACGCCCCAGAACUUGACGUUGAUGGUUCAGGAAAAUCAUGGAAACCCAAAUUUAAACUACCCAGCUUUGGGUUUCAAGGACCUAAAGUAGAGGGGCCAGAUGUGGACAUGGAUGUCAACCUCCCAGAUGUUGACAUAUCUGGACCAAAGAUAAAAGGUGGUAUUGAAGGGCCUGAUGUAGAUUUGGAUUUGGAAGGACCAAAUGGUAAGGGCAAAGGAUUCAAUAUCAAUUUGCCUCACUUCAAAACACCUAAAAUUGAAUUCUCUAGGAAGGGGCAAAAACUGGAUGGUGACAUUGAUGUCUCAUUACCCGAAAUGGAGGGUGGAAUUAAAGGAGAUCUUAAGGGUCCCAAACUGGAUCUAGAGGGACCUGAUGUUAGCAUUGAGGGUCCUGAUGCAUCAGGAAAAGUGAAAGGUAAGGGGCUUAAAAUGCCUUCUCUAGGAUUUCACCUACCCAAUGUAAAUGUUCCAGACUUCGAUCUCAACUUGAAAGGUCCCAACAUGAAAGGUGGUGUUGAUAUGUCUGGUCCAGGGGGAGAUGUGGACAUCAAAGGGCCUAAAGUAGAGAUUAGCUCACCUGAAGUUGAUAUUGAUGGUUCAGGGAAAUCAUGGAAACCCAAAUUCAAGUUACCUGGCUUGGGGUUUCCAGGAUUGAAAGGGCAAGGACCAGAUAUGGAUGUAGAUGUUGACCUCCCAGAUGUUGACAUAGCUGGACCAAAGAUAAAAGGUGGCUUUGAAGGGCCUGAUGUGGAUGUAGAUUUGGAAGGACCACAUGGUAAAGGCAAAGGUAUCAAAUUUCCAGGCAAAGGAUUCAAUAUCAAUUUGCCUCACAUCAAAGCACCUAACAUUGAAUUCUCCAGGAAAGGGCAAAAACUGGAAGGUGACAUUGAUGUGUCAUUACCUGAAAUGGAGGGUGGGAUUAAAGGAGAUCUUAAGGGUCCCAAACUGGAUAUAGAGGCACCAGAUAUUGAUGGGGAGGGUUUUGAUGUCAAAGGAAAAGGGAAGACAUUUACAAUGCCGGGAAUGGACAUUAAAAUGCCCCAAAUAUCUGGUCCUAAACUGGAAGGUGACAUUAAAGGACCCAAGUUUAAUGCAGCAGAUCCCUCAGUUGAUAUAUCGGCUGGAAAUAUGGAUAUGAAUGUUCAUUCUCCAGAGAUAAAUCUCAGUGGAAAAGGGAAAAAGGGUAGAUUUAAAAUCCCUAGAUUCAACAUAGGCAAGCCCAAAAUGAAAGUGAAGAAAACUGGAUCAGAUUUUGACGUGUCUAUUCCAAAGGGUGACAUUGAUUUGGCCAAACCAGAAAUUGAGAUUAGCUCUCCAGAAAUAGAUGUAAAUGCUGGGUCCGUUGAGGGUGAGUUGAACGCAAAGUCAGGGAAAGUAAAGAAGCCACUGUUUGGGAAAAUGAAGCUCUCGUUUCCAGAUGUUGAGUUUGACUUGAAGAGCCCCAAAAUGAAAGGUGAGAUACCUAGUCCAAAGAUUAAGGGAGGCUUCAAAAUGCCAUCUGCCGAUAUUUCACUAGAUGCUCCUGAAAUUGAUCUGAAGAAACCAGAAAUUAAUUUUGACGUUGAUGCUCCAAAUGUUGACAUUGCAAAGCCAGAGAGUAAACUAAAAAUGAAAAUGAAGAAACCGGGGAUUUCAGGAUCAAAAUUGGAAGGCGAAGGUCUGGGCUUUGAUGUGCAAAUGAAAGCCCCCAAACUAAAAGGGAGUGGAAAUGUCUCCUUUCCAGAGGCUGAUUAUGGCAUCAGGGAUCCAAAGAUAAAUAUCGAAGGAGGAGACAUGGGAUUUAAAGCUCCAAAUGUUAAUAUUGGCAGCCCGGGAGGUGAACAGAAAUUACCUCAAAUGAACAUUUCUGGUCCCAAACUGGAAGGUCCAAAUAUAGGAGGUGACAUUAAGGCACCUGGUUUAGGUCUCAAUCUAGAUAUGCCCGAUGUAUAUGUGAGCUCUGACAGCAAACUCAAAGGCCCCCAAAUUUCAAUGCCAUCAAUUGACAUUUCUGGUCCAAAUGUUAAAGGUUUUACAGGCCUGGAUGUUGAUAUAAAAGAUCCCAGUAUUGACCCUGCGGGUUUUAACAUUAAAGGACCAGGUGGUAAGAUAACAAUGCCUCAUGUCAAAACUCCAGAGAUUGGAUUCUCUGGACCCAAACUGGAAGGAAAGUCUAUGGAUAUUGAUGUCAACCUUCCCAAAACUGCCGUUAAUAUUUCCGGUCCAAAGCUGGAAGCCCCUAAAAUAGGAGUUAAGGGUCCAAGUGUGAAUCUAAACAGCUCAGAUAUUAACAUUGGUGGCUCGGAAGGAAGGCUUGCUAUGCCACAAAUGAAUGCACCUACACUUAACAUGUCCACAUUUGGUCCAAAAUUUGAGGGAGGCAUGAACACAUCUGGGGUAGAAGUAAAAGGACCUGAAAUUAAUCUCCCUGUUGGAGAUUUUUCUGCUUCUGGCAUGAAUGUUGACUUGAAAGCGCCCAAGAUUAAAGGUGGUAUUGAUGUGUCAGGUCCUGACCUGAAAACUGAUCUUAAAAUGCCAUCAUUCGGUAUGAAAGCUCCUAAACUAGAUGCAGUUUACAAAGCCGGCCCUCUCGAUUUUGACAUUGCACUGGACAAGGUACCAAUCCCCAAAUACAAACCUCUUCAAUUUGAAAGGCUUGGACCCAACCUAGCAUGGCCUGAAGCUCGAAUAAACGUUUCCGAUGUUGAGUGUCCAGACAUUAACAUAAAAGGACCCAAAGCUAAUGUCAGUUUGCCAGAAGUUCAGUUGCCAAGUUCUGGGGUCAAAGUAAAAAAGUCCAAAAUUAAAUUUCCCAGGUUAAAUUUCUCCAAAUCGAAGGGAAAAGGUGGUGACGUAAGUGCGGAGGGUUCUGUGGGAGAGUUAGGUGCUUCAAAGAGCAGUUCAGGAAUCGGGGACCUUAAUGUGGAAGGACCAUCAGUGUCACUCUCUGGGCAAGGCUCUGGUCUGGCUACAUCUCCAAAGGGCAAGUCAAGCACGGUGGAUUUUUCACUAUUUAAAGGCAAAAGAUCGUCCUCUUUGAACGACGACCUGGACCUUUCACCCGGUUCGCCCAAGGGGAAAAUUGGCUUUGAGGAAAGUGCGGAGGGCAAUGUGAAUGUGAAGGGUAAAAAAUCCAAGCUGAAAUUUGGAACGUUUGCAGGUUUUGGGGCGAAAUCAAAAGGCACAUACGAGGUUACGUUUAAUGAAGACGAGGCGGAACAGGUAGAAGGUAGUGGAAUGUCACUGGGUUCCAAAACGACUCGCGUUUCCUCCACUUCCAGCAGUGACAGUGGCUCCAAAGUGGGAUUAUAUCUCCCCAAAGUAGAACUAACCGUCAAUAAAAAGAAAGAGUAAUUGUGUAAAUACGCCCAUCUUAACGCUUGUAAAUAUGAAUUAACUGUUAUCUUUUAUUGAUUAAGGUAUGGAGGAACAUUACACUUCAUCCCUAUGUAAUUUGCAGGUCAAAAAUAGGAUGGAAUAUUUAAGGCAUUGAGAAAUAUUGGUUUUUUACAGUGAGAGAUAAAUAUAUAAUCUUAUUUGACCUGCAGAUAUUUUAGUACACUUUGCUGCCAUCUUAAGUUCUGUAAAUGCACACGAAAAGCUAUUUUGAUACACUUUCUAUGUAAUCUUUUAUUAAGUCACAAUGACAAAUUGAGGCGAUAAGCCAUUUAAUUAAUCAUUGACAACCUUUCUUGCUGUAGAAGGAAUUAUUUUUUAACCCCCCCUCCCCUUCCCCC